AUGGCUUCGUCCUCUACAGCCCCAGGCUCUGGCAACUUCACUGCCAACCCUAUGUUCCAGCUCACACGUAAAGAGUUUGAACAACAUGAAGUCUGGCAAGCGUACAAGGGAUAUCUCCGGGCUUUUGAUAGUCAAGACCGAAACUUCGAUAACUUCUAUCAGCUAUGUCUUCGCUUUGGCUACGUUCCCAGUCUCGACACGAUCAAUUGGAUCAUUAGAGAGUCCAACCUCAUCGACAUCAGCCGCCGUCUUCAGUUUCCAGUCUUUGCCUUCAUGCAGGAGUUCCAAUUUGUCAUGCACGUUGCGCAUGACACUAAUCAACCACGAAUCCUCAUCGCCCAUGUUCAUACCGAUGAAGGACCGUGUCCUAUCUGGGCUGGCUGGUCGUCGCUCGAUGAAGAAGAGCUUUCCGACGCUGAGGAGAGUUCCAAACCUAAGAAGAAAAAGAAGAAGGCUGUGGCUAAGAAGGACCCUGAGACUCAGAACGAUUCCGAGGCUCAGAAGAAGUCCAAGGCUAAGAUGAAGCUCUACCUCCAACCCUAUACAGACGAAUCUGGACCAGGCGAAGCCAACAUUCCAGAAGAGUACCGUGCUGCUUUCAAGUGGGAGGAACCAUUCGAAGUGCUCUUCAACAUGGGCAAGUACGAGGCGAACCAUAAGAAUGCUGGAAUCCAGAACACCAUCCUUCUUGGCGUCGCCAAAGUCUUGACCCGCUUCCCAGGUCUGGUCAAACCACCUCCUGGUCAGGAGAACAGCGGUCCUUGGCUCAUGAUGCGCGCUGCGUUCUCCAAACGUCCAUUUGAUAUCCGCGAACUUCCAUCGGCAGUGAGUCCUUGGUGGGGCGGACACGACACGCUCAUCUCGGGCCCAAACACUUAUGCCGAAAAUCAUGCCAAUCACCCUCCCGGUUCCCAAGGCUGGAAGCGCUAUCUAGUCAUGAAGGCCGAGAAGAAGGUCGAGGACGCAAAAAAGAAGGUCGAGAAUGCCAAAUUGAAUCUUGAGGACGCAAAAAAGGAGGCCGAGGAGGCCGAACAGAAGGCGUAG